AUGCUUGUAGUUGCUUGUUAUUCUUCGGAACGCUCGCUGAUCUUAUCCUUUGCCACUCGCAUGGCUCUGGACCUAGGAUUACACGAGGCCUUUGAUGAAUUGACCCAGCGGCUUGCCCUUCGGAAUGAAGAUAUGCCUUACGCCUUGCCACAUCAGAUGUUCGAAGAGGAGAGAGCUCUAAUAUGGAACGCUCGGACUUGGUUCGGGCUUUUGGUUCUUGAACAUAUAUAUCGUGUUGAUGGAGGAAAACCACCUGGCAUUCGGUUAAAGGGGAAUUCUCGUCGCUGUCGAGUUUUACUUGGCCACCCAUCGUCAACGAUUUUGGACUUAAGGUUGUUCUCUCAGGUCGAGUUAAACAUCCUCAGAGCCAAUAUCAGCGAUGCUCUAGGAGGAAAUACAUCGCUUGAUGGGCAAACCAUCCCGGACUACGUGCAUGAUAUGAAAAUUGAGCUAGACCUGUGGUUCGAUGACUGGCUACGCAUUAUUGAAAGUUGUGUUGCCGCCGCCGAAGAGAAACCGUCUCUACUAGUCGCGCUUAGAGUACAGAAAUGCUGGGCAGAGAUGAUGCUCAACUGUAAAGCACUACGAUCCAUGGGUGUUCAGAACGUAGCUGCGAUGUCUACUACUGAAAGAACAAUACUCCUCACAGCCAAAGCAAGUGCUCGUCGACACCUCCGCCUCAUCAUUGUCGAUCCAGACUUCUACCUCGCCAAGCUGAAGUACGCAAUGGAUUUUGUCUGGGCCAAGUGCGCGUUUUCCUUUCUAUUGCUUCUCAAAUUAUCCCGUCUCCUCCCUGAGCGAGAUGAGGAGCAUCAAGAGCUGCUGGGACAAGGUAAUCGACUCGUCGAUGAGCUGAGUAAAGCUGGAGCUAGUGGAACUCAGUCCAGAGCUGGGAAUAUUUAUCUUCAGAUCUUGAAGGUUAGUAUUGAGAAGUACGGGCGCGCAUUGAUGGAAGCACAGCAACCCAGCUCAGAUGGUCCGACGGCUACCUCGCCCUUCUGGGAGUUGUUUGAUGCCCAGGCGGAUCUUCAGUGGUUUGUGCCUGAGCAGUUUGUCUCAGAGUGGGACUUUCCGGGGCUCAAUUUGUUUUAUUUCCCUACUGCUUGGCAGGAUUUCUUUGGAGAUUUUUCGUUGGCUAUGUAG